AAAUCAUUUUGUUUCAUCGUCUCUUCUUAAUGGCUUGUAUUUUUCUCUCCUCGCCUGCACCUAAAAAUUGCAAAGCUAUAUUCCCUCUUUUUAUCAUACUCAUUUUCUAUAGAGAUUCUUCCUGAUAAACACCCAGAGAGAGAGAGAGAUAAUUACGGUGACUUUAUUUUUGUGUUUUUUCGAUAAAGAUUUGAUUUUUUUAAGGUUGUUGAAUAAUUAUGUCAAGUGGUGAGGAAAACACGGGGAUUGAUAUGCUGGAGAGAUUUCGCACCAAGAGAGAUUCGGAGAGAAAGUUGGGAGAGAGAGAUGAGGGAGAGGGAGAGAUUGAACUGAGUCUAGGCCUUUCUUUGAACGGGAGAUUCGGGGUUGACCCAAAAAGACGUAACAAUAAUAUUACCCGGGCUGCUUCGAUCGCGGGUUUUUCGGUCGGGUCGGGUGGGGAGGAUGUGAGAGCGUGGAGUGUUGCGGGUGGGCCCGACGUGGGUUUGAGCAGGACUUGUUCGUUGCCGAUGGAUACAGAGGAGUGGAGGAAGAGGAAGGAGUUGCAGUCUCUAAAGAGAUUGGAGGCUAAGAGGAAGAGGAUGGAGAAGAUGAAGAAUGUGAGGAUGGUGAGAGUCAAAGCUGGUGGUGAUGAGGUUGUGGUGGGCCCACCGGCCCCACAACCUGCUGUUGUGAUCGACAAGAAGAGUUCAGUUCAGUUCUGUUCACAGGGGUCUAUUGGAUCUCAAGGCAGUGGGGCUGGUUCUUCUGGUGUGUCUGAUCCUGAUACUCAUGAAAUUCCACAAGCAACGAACAACGGAAGCCCUGCAAGUACUCGGUCUUCAGUUGAGCCGAUAGUUGACAACAAGCCUGCAGAAACUGUGACGGAGAAGCCAUCACCCGUACUGGAACAUUCUGGAUCCAGAAAUGAGGAAGCGUUGAAGAACAUGAUCAGCAACAUGCCUUGCGUCUCAACAAGAGAUGGUCCUGAUGGCAAAAGAAUCAAUGGCUUCUUAUACAGAUGUAAGAGUGGAGAAGAACUGAAGAUUAUAUGUGUUUGUCAUGGUGAAUUCCUUUCUCCGGCUGAAUUUGUGAAGCAUGGUGGUGGCGGGGAUGUCGAAAAUCCUUUAAGGCAUAUAGUUAUUAAUCGUGCUCAAUCGUAGUCUUUUGUUUAUCCCUGAGAACAACUAAGCCUUAGUUUUUUAGUGCUUGUAUUGCUUCUGUGCAUGGGUGAUCUUAUUGUAACUUUUAAAUGAAGAUGAUGGGGAUCCUGCACAACCUAAAUCGCCAAGUAAAAAGAUCUGGAUAAGUUCAGAUUUUGAAGAUAUGUAGUCUUUAUGAUAUAAAUUUAGUUCGAACAGAACAUUUUAAGUGUA